GUGUAGUGUAGUGAGAGGUUGUGUAUGCGCGAGCAGGGGUGGGGAGGCGACAAUCUGCUGCCGUGCCGCCUGAACUCAAACUGUGCGCAGCACCAUUGGUUAUAGCACCAUAGAAAACGCAGCCAGCGCAGGACCUGCAGCGCGCGCCCAGCCAUGUAGAUUGGUGAGGCGUUAGGAGACAGCGGGUGCUGACAAUGAAGCGAAACCGGGUGCCCAGCACCAGCGAGGAGUCUGAUAAUGGAAGUAACUGCACGUCCUGGUCUCAGAUGUCAAACUCUCACAGGAGACGAGAGGGGAAGAGACCCUCAGAGGUGUUCCGGACGGAUCUUAUCACAGCGAUGAAGCUUCAUGACUCAUACCAGCUGAAUCCGGAGGAUUAUUAUGUUCUUUCUGACCCCUGGAGGCAGGAGUGGGAGAAGGGGGUCCAGGUUCCUGUGAGCCCGCAUUCCAUUCCCAAACCUACAGUCCGUGUGGUGGCAGAUAAGUCCUCUGCCUUGUUGUUCACUAGGCCGAAAAAGCUGAUUCGCACGUGGGGAGCAGAGGCGUCUGCGCUGGGGUAUGUGGCUAUCGGGACACUGUCAGAGGGGAUGUGUCGUUAUGACCUAAAUGAGGAAGACGUGGCCUGGCUAGAAUUGGCCAACAAAGAGUUCAGUGCCAUGGGUAUGCAACUGCUGGAUGAAAACACCAUGGAGAGGGUCAUGGAGGAGUUUGAGCGCCAUUGCUAUGACAACAUGAGUCACGCCAUGGAGACUGAGGAGGGGCUUGGAAUUGAGUAUGAUGAGGAUGUGGUUUGUGACGUCUGUCAGUCGCCUGAUGGCGAAGAUGGAAAUGAGAUGGUCUUCUGUGACAAGUGCAACAUAUGUGUUCAUCAGGCAUGUUAUGGCAUCCUAAAGGUUCCGGAAGGCAGCUGGUUGUGUCGGACCUGUGCACUGGGCAUCUCCCCCAAAUGCCAACUGUGUCCAAAGAAAGGAGGAGCCAUGAAACCCACCCGCAGUGGCAGCAAAUGGGUCCAUGUGAGCUGCGCCCUCUGGAUACCAGAGGUGAGCAUAGGUAACCCAGAGAAGAUGGAACCCAUCACUAGUGUGUCUCAGAUUCCCAAUAACAGAUGGGCUCUGAUCUGCUGCCUGUGUAAAGAGAAAACUGGGGCCUGCAUUCAGUGUUCUGCUAAAAGUUGCCGAGUGGCGUUCCACGUGACCUGUGGCCUGCAGUUUGGCCUGAAGAUGAACACCAUUCUGACUGAUGAUGACGAGGUCAAGUUCAAGUCUUUCUGCCCCACUCACUCUGGGAUGGACUGGACCGACAGCUAUGCAGGAGCAAACGAGGAUGGAGGGAUCAGGGUGAGAGGGGUGAAUGCUGCCGACCCGUGCGGGGCGCACCUUAGCGAGCGAAAGCUUCGUGUGCAGCAGCUGGAGGAUGAGUUUUAUCGCUUUGUAGCUCCUGAUGAGGUUGCGAAGCAUCUGAGGUUGCCGGCGGAGACGGUGGACUUCCUGUUUCAGUACUGGAAGCUGAAGAGGAAGGCCAGCUUUAAUCAGCCGCUCGUCACGCCCAAGAGAGAGGAGGAGGAAAGCCUAGCGCGACGGGAGCAGGAAGUACUUCUCCGCAGGCUCCGCCUCUUCACACACCUCCGCCAGGACCUGGAGAGGGUGCGGAACCUGACCUACAUGGUGACCCGCCGGGAGAAGAUUAAGCGAUCCGUGUGUCGGGUGCAGGAGCAGAUAUUUCAUCACCAUGUCAGACUGCUGGAGCAGGGCAGACUCUCUGGUGUAUCUUCAACCAGGCGACUAGAGGAGGCUAUGUUCUAUUUCCGGGCCGCUUCCAUGUCUCUGCAGCCUCUUAGGGGUCAUGCAGCUCAGAACAGUGCCAUUUGCCACUCCCAGAGGAAGAACCUCCUCCGUCACGGAGCCUCCAGAAGAGCCCACUGCGAGGGGGAGGAACCUGCCAAAGUAUCCAGCACAGAAGCUUCCAUCUUGGGAAAGUUCUCCAGCCCGGAGGGGUCACGAGACGCUGGCUGUGUCGGCACUGAACGGGUUCAGAGGAGUGAAGCAACAGAUGCAGCUGCAGCCGUGUACUCUGGGAGCAGAGGGAGACGGGGUGAAUACUCAAGGAACGAAACAGAGCAACCCCUAGAGGAGCAGAGGAGGAAAAGGAGGAACAUGGCAUGGGAGCCUCUGCCAGUAAGAGAAAAACACAAAUCAGGGUCAAAAGUCAUAGAGGAGAUGAUGCAGAAUCGCAUCGUGGAUCAGAACAGCGGGACUGAAGCGGAGAUGGAGGUCGACAGCAGUGAGUCCGAGGCUAAAAGCAGCUGUCCGGUAACAGUGCAGUCCAGGUAUAAUGGUUCUCUAAGGAGGACGAGUUCUAGUCAGGGAAAAUUGUUGGCCAACGGUACGUCAGCACAGCACAUUAAAAACUGGGGAAGCUUCCGGAUUCCGAAACGCAGCGACAGGACAUCAGGAGGAGGACACGAGGAGCUGGAGGGGCAGGACUUUACCCAUUCUCCUCAUGUCAGCUCUCUGGAUGAGAGCCCCACCCCUUCCACCUCCCCUCCAAUCAGAACUCGGCUAAGGAUGGGGGCUGACAGUCGCAGCUUCGCACAGGAAACGGAGCACAGCCAAUCGGAGCAGAAGAAGAGAUGCCAUGCCCAGCGGCUUAGGAGUCACGAUCCAAUCACGCAGCGCUAUGGGUCAGAGGUUUUACGCCGUGGCGUUCUCGCAUCAUAAGAGCGUCAAAAAGACACUUACCGAAAAAAACUUUGAAGUACCGAAGUUACGUGUCAACUUAUGAAAAAUUUUUCUUGUGUAAUCCAAAUAAGUGCAGCACUCUGAGGAGCCACAUGUAAGAUUUUUCUUUUACUUACAUUUUAAAUGGUCUUUGUAAGAUCUUCAUACAUCAAAGGAGUAAAUCUUAACAAUAAAAUCACAUUUAUCACAGAUACUUUUACAGAUCAACUCUCUUAAAAGGAGAACAGUACUGAUUUUUCUACAUUUUCAGAAUAGUUCACAGUGGUGGUGAAUGGAGUAAAUGGUAAGUUUGCCACUUACCUCGGGUGAUAUGUAAGAAAUGUUAUAUCACACUAUUUAAAAACAAAUUCAAUGUUACACAGUAUUUGAUAUUUUAUAAGACAACAUGAAUCAGUAAAGCAGGUUCUCGAACUGCUGUACACAUAACAUCCUGUUCACAGUACAGCACUACAGCAAUUGUAUGUGUUCAGAAAUUGAAUGUAGAAAUUUAGAAAAUUCAGUGCAAUUUCCCUUUAAAGAUUGCUUCACCGAACAGUUUCUUCUGCCAAAAAAGAAAAGGUGAUUAUACAUAUACAAACCGCAAACAUUGGCCUACAGCUUUUCUAAAGAAUAAGCUAAUAAUGAUCUAUAAAUGCACGCAUUGGACUCAAAACUCUGUCUGAACUUACAUGUGACUCCUUAUAAAACUCUGUAAACGGACAGAUAUUUAUUUUUCUAUUUUGUACUUUUCUCCAUGCUGCUUCUUUUUCGUUUUGUGCUGUUUACUUUCCUGAGCUGUUUUGUCUCUCCCCCCUCUUUUCUCCCUUCUUGUUGCCCAACAAGUAGUGCACAUGACAAUGUCUCAGAGGCUGGCAGAUAAGCUAUAAUCAAAGACAGUCAAAGUAGUCUGGGUUAUUAUUUUUUAGUUGUUAAAAAAAACUGAAAACAUAAAAAAAAAUUGUUUUCAGAUGUAACUGUUUAUCUGACGUACUUAUGAGCUCUGGUAUUAAUCAAGUGGUGAAACUCACUGAUGUGUACAAUCAUAAGUAGCACUUAGUGCAGUGGUUUCCAGUCCCAAUGUUGGAGACCCUGUGCACUUUUUUGUGUAUAAGUUGGGGAAGCGUGCAGUGCAACGGGAACCACUGUUUUAGUCAACUAUUUAGUAUGUUGGAAGUCAUUAUGUAUACUAUGGCCAGCCAUACAUGGAUCAGACUAGUAGUUAUAGGAUGUUCAGCACUUAAUUGUCACCAAUAAUCUGAAAGUUUUUUUGUUUUUUUCCCUCUUUGGGGACUAAUUCCAGAAUCUAUCCAUUAAAAUAUAUUUAUGGAUUUAUUUAUUUUCUUUAAUAGGUUUUUUAUAUAGAGAUUCCAUGGUGUUCUGUCAUUAUGGCAUCUUUCUCUCCUCAGGUAAAUCUUUAUUUUGUGCAUCUUUGUGUUUUGGUUCCCCCUCAAAAAAGAUUCUUAACAGAGAGAUACACCACUGAUGGUGUAAUCGGGCCCACAAACACUGUAAAUAGACUUAUCUGUCUAGUGGCCCAAAUGGUUCUCAAAUGUCAAUGUUCAUAACACAGUGGUGAAGGUGGGAUAAGAGUAUUUGUUCCAAACAUACUACUACUACUAAUAAUAAUAAUAAUAAUAAUAAUAAUAACAGAAAUGUAUUGCUUUCGUUUACCAAAUUUAAUUUGGAAUAGUUAGGAAUAUGGAAUAUGUACAGCAACUUGACUAAGCAAAGAUCUGUUCCCCAAAAACACUGUGGCUUUAGCUUAAACAGGCUAGUGUGGCUAACAGUGAAUAGAAGGUAAAAUACACCAUUAGCGUCUUUUUUUUUUUUUUUUUUAAAGCUAACUGGUGCUUGUUCUGGUGGUUUCAUCUAUUUUUUUUGUAUUCUUAUAAAAGACUAGUUUGUCCAAACCCUAACAAAAUGUUAUUUAAUUAGCUAAUGCUAUUUUCCAGCUGUCUUUGUUAGCAAUCUUUAAUAACAAGUGCUUUUUGAGUAGCAUGUUGACAGGUCUAUUCCAUAGUUAUUGUCUAAAUGUGGGGAGAAAGAAGAAAAGGAAAAAUUAGGGAUUGGUGGAAUUUUUGCCCUCUCUGCCUAUCUUUUAGAUCACCUCCAAUCUAGUCCUGUUCCCAUUUGUGUAUCAUUAACUGAAGGUCUUGUGUUAUGAGCUGGUAUUAAAAAAAACGUGUGGGAGUUAGUGUUCAGUGGCCUGUACUAGGAAUGCAUCAAAAUAAAAGAAUAAUUUCAGUUGCUGAAUAAUCAUUGCAUGCCUAGCAUCUCUAGCUCCUUACACUGGCCAUUUUACCACAGUGUUUUUGGGGACGCUGGGUGUAGACUAGUCUUUGAUCAGCUGUGAAACAGAUGGCUGGUCCUAAAUCAGCACUUCUGCUGUGAGAUGUCUGACAUGCUACUGCAGACCUGUACAGAUGACUCUCCGCUUGAUUGUUAACUUGUGACUGGAUUACACAUGUGAUUUUUUCCAGCUAACAAGAAUCACAAGUCAAAGAGGAAUUAUUGAUUCUCAAAAAACUCAACUCUGAUGUAAAAAUACCUGCAUCUCUUCAGCAUCCCUUAAGCUAGAAACAUUCAUGUUUGGUUCAAUAAUCUCCAUUUAACAUGAAUCCAUAUUGCACUAAGAAAAAAAAGAAUGAAAAGGAAAAGUAUCGCAAAUAUCUGAAAUCAUGCAAAUGAGUUUUAAAGAAUGAUUUCUUAGAGAGCUUGAAAGGACUUUAAGCUUCGCUUCUUGUCAGAGUUGCCUUUGGUCAGUAUAAAUUUAGAAUGUUUGCACUUGGAUGUCUUUAUUUGUAAGUAUUUUUUAUGUUGUUUAGGCUAAUUGCAAAACAGACUUCGGUGUGGUCCGAGUCAAAUCUUGUGCCUGUGUGGCUUUGGUUAACAUGUUGCACUAGAAUAGAGCAAGGCAGUGCAGCUUGACUAUUGUUCUCUAAAAGUUAUUUUUCACAUACAAAGAGACCUUUUAUAUGAACAAGUGCUGCUGUAUUUUUUGUUAUGCAUCUAUUUUGUGAAUAAACCCCUUUGAGAUUUAA